GUGGAGGGGGGACAGUGAUAAGGAGAACAGGGAAUUGUAGCAGAAAUUGGGUUUAUUGUUCAGAGCUGUCAAUCAACAUAUGCCUAUCUUAGCCUAAAUCAAUGAAUAAAUGAAUGAAUAAAUGAAUGAAAUGUGGGCAAUGCCUAUAAAGAUUGCUGGGACAGGGAGGUAGGGGGAGACAGCAGCUUGGGAAAUCAGCCCUGUUAGAUCCUAGUUCACCACCUGAUACGUUACAAAUACUAAAACCAUCACUUUCAAAUUAUUUUUACUACAUUUUUCUGUUAUCUGUACUGGAGUUUAUGUCUCUGGCAUCUAGAGUCAGCCCUUCAUGGGCAUGAGACCCGAGCAGCCACACGAGGCUCUGAACCCACAAGGGCAUAUGCUCGGUUUAAUGCUCUGUCAUCUUAGAAUUGUUAAUUAAGUUUUUAUCCCACGUUUUCAUUUUGCACUGAGAUUCAUAAAUUAUGUAGCAGGCCCUGACUGUACCUGUAUAGUGGAAUUACUAUAUAAUGGUACGCUACUGUGCAUAUCUUCUCCGUUCAGUGUUCAGUGCCCUCGUAUCAGCAGCUUGAACUAGCUCAUGGUACACGCUGGGAAUCAGGGUGGGAAUCAGUUGUAAACCAUUUACCGGAACACCACUAGGCAGGCCACAGGAUAAAGGAAUAAUGAUCGUACACCUCCCCCUACCUCUGCCACCUGGGAAUUUUGGUAGAAUGCCAGAAUGGAAAAGAAAAUCUCUUGCAUAGCCAUUUAUUAAUUUGUGAUAAGGAAGAAAAACAAUGACCUCAGCUUUAGCAUUAUUUUACAAUAUAAAUUCAGAUCCCGUGACUGAAAACUUGGACUUAAAAGAGGACGCUCCAGGAGCGCAAAAGCAGUUGGGCCGAACGAAGCGUGCGCGCUUUGGUAACCGGCUAGAAAUCCCGCACGCGCGCCUGCCUCGUCUCCCCAGGCUUGAGCUGCCCCUCCCACUGCCUUUCCUCCUUCCCGCGAGUCAGAAGCUUCGCGAGGGCCCAGAGAGGCGGUGGGCUGCUCGACCCUACGCCAGCUCCGGGCGGGAGAAAGCCCCACCCUCUCCCGCGCUCCCGGAAACCGCCGGCGUUCGGCGCUGCGCAGAGCCAUGGAAUUCUCCUGGCUGGAGACGCGCUGGGCGCGGCCGUUUUACCUGGCGUUCGUGUUCUGCUUGGCCCUGGGGCUGCUGCAGGCCAUUAAGCUGUUCCUGCGGAGGCAGCGGCUGCUGCGGGACCUGCGCCCCUUCCCAACGCCCCCCACCCACUGGUUCCUUGGGCACCAGAAGUUUAUUCAGGAUGAUAACAUGGAGGAGCUUGAGGAAAUUAUUGAAAAAUACCCUCGUGCCUUCCCUUUCUGGAUUGGUCCCUUUCAGGCAUUUUUCUAUAUCUAUGACCCAGACUAUGCAAAGACGCUUCUGAGCAGAACAGAUCCCAAGUCCCAGUACCUGCAGAAAUUCUCACCUCCACUUCUUGGAAAAGGACUGGCGGCUCUAGACGGACCCAAGUGGUUCCAGCAUCGUCGCCUACUAACUCCUGGAUUCCAUUUUAACAUCCUGAAAGCAUACAUCGAGGUGAUGGCUCAUUCUGUGAAAAUGAUGCUGGAUAAGUGGGAGAAGAUUUGCAGCACUCAGGACACAAGCGUGGAGGUCUAUGCGCACAUCAACUUGAUGGCUCUGGAUAUAAUCAUGAAAUGCGCUUUCAGCAAGGAGACCAACUGCCAGACAAACAGCACCCAUGAUCCUUAUGCAAAAGCCAUAUUCGAACUCAGCAAAAUCAUAUUUCACCGCUUGUACAGUUUGUUGUAUCACAGUGACAUAAUUUUCAAACUCAGCCCUCAGGGCUACCGCUUCCAGAAGUUAAGCCGAGUGUUGAAUCAGUACACAGAUACAAUAAUCCAGGAAAGAAAGAAAUCCCUCCAGGCUGGGGUAAAGCAGGAUAACACUCAGAAGAGGAAGUACCAGGAUUUUCUGGAUAUUGUCCUUUCUGCCAAGGAUGAAAGUGGUAGCACCUUCUCAGAUAUUGAUGUACACUCUGAAGUGAGCACGUUCUUAUUGGCAGGACAUGACACCUUGGCAGCAAGCAUCUCCUGGAUCCUUUACUGCCUGGCUCUGAACCCUGAGCAUCAAGAGAGAUGCCGGGAGGAGGUCAGGGGCAUCCUGGGGGAUGGGUCUUCUAUCACUUGGGACCAGCUGGGUGAGAUGUCGUACACCACGAUGUGCAUCAAGGAGACUUGCCGAUUGAUUCCUGCAGUCCCGUUCAUUUCCAGAGAUCUCAGCAAGCCACUUACCUUCCCAGAUGGAUGCACAUUGCCUGCAGGGAUCACCGUGGUUCUUAGUAUUUGGGGUCUUCACCACAACCCUGCUGUCUGGAAAAACCCAAAGGUCUUUGACCCCUUGAGGUUCUCUCAGGAGAAUUCUGAUCAGAGACACCCCUAUGCCUACUUACCAUUCUCAGCUGGAUCAAGGAACUGCAUUGGGCAGGAGUUUGCCAUGAUUGAGUUAAAGGUAACCGUUGCCUUGAUUCUGCUCCACUUCAGAGUGACUCCAGACCCCACCAGGCCUCUUACUUUCUCCAACCAUUUUAUCCUCAAGCCCAAGAAUGGGAUGUAUUUGCACCUGAAGAAACUCUCUGAAUGUUAGAUCUCAGGGUACAUGAUUAAACAUACUUUGUUUUUAAGUUAAAUUUAUAGCUAAUGAUCCAAGCAGAUAGAAAGGGAUCAAUGUAUGGUGGGAGGAUUGGAAGUUGGUGGGAUAGGGGUCUCUGUGAAGCUACACAUGAUCCAAAAUCAUUUCUAGGUACACAGUGUGUCAGCUAGAUCUGUUUCUAUAUAACUUUGGGAGAUUUUCAGAUUUUUUCUGUUAAACUUUCACUACUAUUAAUGCUGUAUACACCAACAGACUUUCAUAUAUUUUCUGUUGUUUUUAAAAUAGUUUUCAGAAUUAUGCAAGUAAUAAGUGCAUGUAUCCUCACUGUCAAAAAUUCCCAACACUAGAAAAUCAUGUAGAAUAAAAAUUUUAAAUCUCACUUCACUUAGCCUACAUUCCAUGCCCUGACCAAUCCUACUGCUUUUCCUAAAAACAGAAUAAUUUGGUGUGCAUUCUUUCAGACUUUUUCCUAUACAUUUUAUAUGUAGAAAUGUAGCAAUGUAUUCGUAUAGAUGUGAUCAUUCCUAUAUUGUUAUUGAUUUUUUCACUUAAUAAAAAUUCACCUUAUUCCUUA